AUGGAUUCUGAGAAGAAAGUGCGUCACAGUAAGCUGGCAGAGUCGGUGGAGAAGGCCAUCGAAGAGAAGAAGUACCUGGGCGGUGCAGAUCCUUCCACAGUGGAGAUGUGUUAUCCUCCGAUCAUCCAGAGCGGCGGCAACUACAGCCUUAAGUUCAGCGUCGUCAGCGACAAGAACCACAUGCACUUCGGAGCCAUCACGUGUGCCAUGGGGAUCCGCUACAAGUCGUACUGCUCCAACCUCGUGCGCACCCUCAUGGUGGACCCCCCUCAGGAGAUGCAGGACAACUACAACUUCUUGCUGCUGGUGGAAGAGGAGCUGCUCAAACAGCUCAAACACGGUGUAAAAAUCAGCGACGCUUACAACGCUGUUCAGGAGUACGUGAAGAAAGAGAAGUCGGACCUCGUAGCAAAGCUGACCAAAAACCUCGGCUUUGCGAUGGGAAUCGAGUUCAGAGAAGGCUCCUUGGUUUUGAACACCAAAAACCAGUACAAACUGAAAAAAGGCAUGGUGUUGAGCGUCAGUUUAGGUUUUGCCGACCUCGUGAAUAAAGACGGCAAGAAGGACGAGCAGAAAAAGUACGCCUUGUUCAUCGGCGACACAAUACAGAUCAACGAGGAAGACGCCGCCACGAUACUCACACCUGUCAAGAAAAAGAUAAACGUGGGAAUCUUCUUGAAGAAUGACGACGAGGAGGAUGAGGAGGAAGACGGAGACGACGCCGAGGAGCUGCUGGGGAAGGGAGCUCGCAGCGCCGCGCUGCUCGCGGACAGAACCAGACUACUUGGGAAGAAUGAGAUGACGGCGGAGGAGAAGAGGCGGGCCCACCAGAAGGAGUUGGCCAAUCAUUUGAACGAAGAAGCCAAGCGUCGUCUGACGGAGCAGAAAGGCGAGCAGCAGAUUCAGAAGGCCAGAAAAUCCAACGUGUCCUAUAAGAACAUCUCCCAGAUGCCCAGAGAAAAGGACAUCAGAGAAAUGAAGAUCUUCAUCGACAAGAAGUACGAGACGGUCGUCAUGCCGGUUUUUGGUAUCGCUACGCCGUUCCACAUCGCCACCAUCAAGAACAUCAGUAUGUCUGUAGAAGGAGACUACACCUACCUGAGGAUCAACUUCUACGUCCCCGGCAGCUCUCUGGGACGACAAGAGGGAAACAUCUUCCCCAACCCCGACGCCACGUUUGUUAAAGAAAUCACGUACCGAGCGUCCAACCUCAAAACUCCCGGCGACCCGUCGGUGCCCUCCACCAACCUGCAGAACGCUUUCCGCAUCAUCAAGGAGGUACAGAAGCGCUACAAGACGCGAGAGGCGGAAGAAAAGGAGAAGGAGGGCAUCGUCAAGCAAGACUCGCUGGUCAUCAACCUCAACCGCAGCAACCCCAAGCUCAAAGACCUUUACAUCCGACCCAACAUCGCCCAGAAGAGGAUGCAGGGCUCACUGGAGGCGCACACUAACGGUUUCCGUUUCACGUCGGUCCGUGGCGAUAAAGUGGACAUUCUUUACAACAACAUCAACACACACGCCAUCUUCCAGCCUUGUGACGGGGAGAUGAUCAUUGUUCUACACUUCCACCUCAGGAACGCCAUCAUGUUCGGUAAGAGACGCCACACGGACGUCCAGUUCUACACCGAGGUCGGGGAGAUCACCACUGACCUGGGCAAACACCAACACAUGCACGACCGAGACGACCUGUACGCCGAGCAGAUGGAGCGGGAGAUGAGGCACAAGCUCAAGUCGGCCUUCAAGAACUUCAUCGAGAAGGUGGAGACGCUGACUAAAGAGGAGCUGGAGUUCGAGGUUCCCUUCAGAGACCUCGGGUUCCAGGGCGCCCCCUACAGGAGCACCUGCCUGCUGCUACAACCCACGUCCGGGUCCCUUGUCAACACCACUGAAUGGCCGCCGUUUGUGGUGACUCUGGACGAGGUGGAGUUGGUCCACUUUGAGCGCGUGCAGUUCCACCUGAAGAACUUCGAUGUGGUCAUCGUCUACAAGGACUACAACAAGAAGGUCACCAUGAUCAACGCCGUGCCCGUCAACUCCCUCGACCCCAUCAAGGAGUGGCUCAACUCGUGUGACAUCAAGUACACGGAGGGAGUCCAGUCCCUGAACUGGACCAAGAUCAUGAAGACUAUCGUCGAUGAUCCCGAGGGCUUCUUCGAGCAGGGAGGCUGGUCUUUCUUGGACCCAGAGAGUGAGGGGAGUGGUGCGGAGGAAGAUUCGGAGUCAGAAAUGGAGGAUGAAACGUUCAACCCGUCUGGAGAUGAAGAGGAGGAGGAGGAGGGGGAAGACAGCGAUGAGGACUACGACUCGGAGACGGAGGACUCCAAUUACAGCGAGUCGGUCGGCAGCGAGGAGGAGAGCGGUAAAGACUGGGACGAGCUGGAGGAAGAAGCUCUCUGA